AUGCUAUUCAAACCGUGGUCAGAAUUCGAACGAGCACCCCGUCAUGCUUUAUCUGAGGAUUACCAAGAUGAAGACCCUUUAACCAGUAACAAAGUACCAUCGUUCAAGUUUUCCCAGAACGUCAGUUCCACGCAAGAUCUAGAAAUCAAUAGAAAAAACCCACUUAUUGUGGCUCCUUAUAAUUUGAAGUUUGUGCUCGAUGCAUUACCAGUGACAAAAUCGAUCAUCGCCUCCAUCACCAUUACCAAAGGUCGCAAAUCGGAUGAAGGAUCAACCACAACAACAACCAGCGUUAAUGAUGAUGAUGAUGAUGAUGGUUACUUACAAGAUCAACAAUUGUACUCGGCUACUGGCCAGUCCGAAGCGUUUUCGACCUUUGUGGUGGACAUUUUAUCCCUUGAAGGGUUGCAAAUCAACGUGGUAGCGAUGCCAAAUUUCACCAAUUCUCACCCGAUGAUAAACAACCAAUUGACAAGAUAUUUAAUAGAACAGAUACUAUCGCCGGAAAACAUCCUCUUAUUGAGUCCUUGCUGCAUCAACUACAACGAAUCGUUAGGAAAAGUGAUCAAUUUCUCCCACGAUGCACCAUUGGCCCAAAAGUUUGCCAAUAUCAGCUUUUUAAAACCUCCACAUUUCGUCUCGGGAAUCACCGCAUCCGUGAUGUCGUUUGCCACAUUGAAGAAUAUCCCAACCGUUAAUUUGGUAUUAGACUCCGAAGGGGUGGCCAAUUUUGAAAGAAUUAAUGAGGAUUCGGUGUUGGAGAUCAUUCAAGUUUUGGGGAAAGAUUAUUUCAAAUUCGAUCAAACCCAAUACAAAAAGUUCAGAGAUGUUGCUGUGAAGAAAUCAUCAUUGAAUGAUUAUGUUACUUCAGGAAUGUAUAUAUAA